AUGUGGGAGAAUCUUCGUAAGUUCAACUUGGAUCAUUGCGAUUUGCCGACCAUGUUGUGGAAUGUGGCUGUUGGCCUAAGAGUGCUUACUUUGAACAUUGAAAGAAAUUACGAUAAAGGAAUACCCAUUUACUACUAUAUUCUGACUUUCGUGAUAACCGUUUCUUAUUUCUACGUGUUCCUCAUCUGCAUGAUCUGGUUCGUGUUCAUCCGUUGCCGGCAGACUGGAGACUUGACUUCGGCUAUGGUGGUAUUGUCUCUGGGUAUUUCCAGUGAGAUUGGGACUAUUAAAUUGUUGUGCAUGUUUAUAUAUGUUGACAAGAUCAAGAUGUUAGUAGACGAAUUCUUAGAAUGUGAUGCACAAACGGUACUAGGUGACCGGUUCCGAAGCAACUUGCUCAAGACGUUGAGAGUGGUCAAGAAACGAGCACUUUUAUACUGGACAGUGAUUGUUGGUAACGGCAUCUUGUAUCUUUUGAAACCUGUUGUGAUGCCCGGUAAGAAUCUGCCCGAAAAUCACUACGUCAUUUAUGGAUUAGAACCUAUGUUUGAAACACCUAAUUACGAAAUAGCGUGUGCUAUAAUGACAGCCGGGGUAUUCUUUAUAUGCUACGUACCAGCUUCUGCCACAGCAUACCUCAUAGUCAUAGUAGGAUACAUUGAAGCACAACUACUAGCUCUGAGUGAAGAAGUUCUUCAAAUUUGGCCUGAUGCUGUUAAGAAUGUAGAAGCUCACAUAAACGUUGUGGAUAUAGAAGAGUUUGAACCAAAUACAAAUAUAUUAAUCAAUAAAUAUGUAGAAAAACGUUUAAAGGAAAUCAUUAUCAGACAUGCGUUAAUCAAGGAACUGUUUCUCAAAAUUGAGGAUAUAUUCAAAGGAGCAAUAGCUAUAGGUUUCCUACUUCUUGUACUUGGUUUAAUAGCAGAACUCCUUGGGAAGCUAGAAAACACAUUCCUUCAAAUGCCAUUCGCUUUUAUGCAAGUUGCGAUGGAUUGUUUCAAUGGGCAACGAGUGAUGGACGCUUGUGUUGUAUUUGAAGAAGCUGUGUACGAUUGCCAAUGGGAGAAAUUUAACAAAGCGAACAUGAAAAUGGUGCUUAUAAUGCUGCAGAAUGCUCAAAAGACAAUGACAUUGUCGGCCGGCGGCAUAGCCAUGUUGAACUUCACUUGCUUGAUGUCUAUUACAAGAGGAAUAUAUUCUGCUUACACUGCUCUCAGAUCUACUUUUUAA